CGUGAGGGCAUGUGAAUUGAAGAGGAAGUGGAAACAAGGACGAGCGUAAAGGCUGAACCAGCAGAGAAAAACGUGAGGCACCAUCCAUCUAUUUGCUGCUGCUGCUUCGAUAUGCAGAAAGAGAGGGGGGACACUGAAUAGCUGCAGCUAACUGUCAACUGUCAAGCGGCGGCAGCAGCAGCAGCAGCAGCAGCAUCGAAUCCUCUGGGGACAAUGCGCCAAGGCAGAUGGAGAGACUGCAACACUGGAGCUCCGACACAUGUCCUGCCCAUGCAACGCACACACAGACACAUUUUGCUCGCGUGUGGCAGCUAACUACUCGUGCCUGAAGAGGACUAGAUAUCCAAUGUAUCAACUGACAGAAAAAGAGCAUGAUGCGUUAGCCGUUUUAGUGGGAGUGGAUGAGCACUACCUCCGGGAACGAUGGAUGCCAGCAAGAGAAGAGGACAUAGAUUAAAAACAGGCAAUAACUUGGCGUGCAAUAUUAGAGCAAACUCGCACCUUACAGCCCCUUAGGUGACCCAUAACAUACUCGUAAUCGUCCAGGGAUCAAGACCUGGUCAGAAGCUGUGGACGAUCUGCCUCAGUGCUGCCAGAAGCAUGCAGUGGAGACGACGCCACUGCUGUACGCAUACAGCUAAACUUCUCUAUCUUCUCUCACUGCUGGGUGUGCUGAUCUUUCUGGUUCAUCAGGUGUGGCUGCCUAAGCUCAAUGGCAUGCCGUGGUGGAGAGGCCAUCCCGUGGUGUACGGAGGUGGAGCGCUUGACACCAUCAAAGCCAGAUGGAACGUGAGCUCCCAACAUUCAAUGUGGAGGUUUGUGAUUGUUCCUCAGCCCACUUUCAAAGCUGAAGUGAACAUCAGCUUGCACAGGAUGGAGGUUGUCUCCCCAGCUCAGGGAGACCCAAGUUUUGAGAACUCUCUGGUGGCCAACACUAACCAAAGUGAAGAGGGAGACCUCGGUGGCACAAUAACUCAAGGGCCAUUCCCUUACAUCAUCAACGAGCCAGACAAAUGCAUGGAAGGCAGACCUACUCCAUUUCUGGUGCUGCUGAUAGCCACCGAGGCUCGGCAGGUGGAGGCGAGGAAUGUCAUACGACAGACGUGGGGGAAUGAGAGUGCGGCUCCGGCUUCGGGGUUCAUCCGCCUCUUUCUGCUUGGGAAAACAGAAGGAGAGCUGGGACUUUUACAGCAAAGGAUGCUCGAAGCAGAAAGACGGAGGUAUCAUGACAUCAUUCAGCAGGACUUUCUGGAUUCCUACAAAAACUUGACCAUAAAAACGUUGAUGGGAAUGAACUGGGUGGCGCUGCACUGCCCACAGGCCAGCUAUGUCAUGAAGACAGACAGCGACAUGUUUGUCAACACGGAGUACCUCAUCCACAAGCUGCUCAGGCCAGAACUGAAGCCCAGGAGGAACUACUUCACAGGCAACAACAUGAGAGGUUAUGCCCCCAACCGAAAUAAAAACAGCAAGUGGUACAUGCCCCCCGAGCUGUAUCCCAGUGACAAGUAUCCCACCUUCUGCUCCGGGACUGGUUACGUUUUCUCCGGAGACUUGGCGAGGAAAAUUUACAGGGCGUCUCUGACUAUCCGACACCUGCAUCUGGAGGAUGUGUAUGUGGGCAUAUGCCUGGCCAAGCUCCAGAUUGAGCCCACGCCACCGCCAAAUGAGUUCCUAUUCAACCACUGGCGGGUGUCUUACUCCAGUUGCAAGUACAGUCACCUCAUAACAUCACACGGGUUUCAUCCCAACGAACUACUUAAAUACUGGCAUCACCUGCAGAGCAACAAACACAAUGCCUGCAUCAACACAUUAAAGGAAAGAGCAGGAAGGACACACAAUAGCAGGGUGAAUGGAGAGAAAGCAGCUCAGUGA